GGAAAUUGUGGUUGCCUAGCAAGUUUCUCAUCCAUAGUGCAAAGUUUGGAGACGUGUUGCUCGACUCCUGUUUGUGCUGUGAACUCAAAGCAGCUAUUUUCCUCACAUUUUCCCCCUAAAGAGGUCCAGGUGGCAGCUCUGACGGUGCAAGAUGUCCAUCACAGGAUUUAAGAAGCAAUUUUACAAAGCUAGUCAGAUGGUGAGUGAGAAAGUCGGAGGUGCAGAGGGAACCAAACUGGAUGAAGAUUUUAAGGACCUAGAAAGGAGAGCAGAUGUUACCAGCAAAGCAGUUGUGGAAGUCCUCAGUAAGACAUCGGAGUACCUCCAGCCCAACCCAGCAACAAGAGCUAAGCUUUCCAUGCUAAACACCGUGUCCAAAAUCCGUGGGCAGGUGAAGAGUCCAGGUUACCCCCAGCCUGAGGGUCUUCUGGGGGAGUGUAUGACUAAAUAUGGAAGAGAGAUGGGCGAAGACAACAACUUUGGUGGGGCUCUAGUAGACAUAGGAGAGACAAUGAAGAGGAUGGCCGAGGUCAAGGACUCUUUGGAUAUUGAUGUGAAGCAGAACUUUAUUGACCCACUACAGGCAGUCGCUGACAAGGACAUCAAAGACAUUCAGCACCACCUGAAGAAGUUGGAGGGCCGUCGUCUGGACUAUGACUAUAAAAAGAAACGUCAGGGUAAAAUCCAAGAUGAAGAAAUCAGACAGGCCCUGGAGAAGUUCCACGAGUCCAAAGAGCUGGCUGAGAGCUCCAUGCAUAACCUGCUGGAAACAGAUGUGGAGCAGGUGAGUCAGCUGUCUUCCUUUGUGGAGUCUCUGCUGCAGUACCACAGACAGGCCUCACAGAUCCUGGAGGAGCUUUCUGACAAACUGAGAGAAAGGGUGAAUGAAGCUCAGUCGCGUCCAAGGCGUGAAUACACACCCAAACCCCGACCAGCCUUUGACUUUGCAGAGGUGGAGCACUCAAACGGAGGAUACACCCCAGCUGUUUCAAACCCUCCAGCUUACUCUCCUGGCGAGCCAUGCUGUAAAGCUCUGUAUGACUUUGAGCCAGAGAAUGAUGGAGAGCUGGGCUUCCGCGAGGGUGACAUCAUCACCUUGGUCAGUUACAUUGAUGAGAACUGGUUUGAAGGAAGCCUUCGUGGAAAAUCGGGAUACUUCCCCAACAACUAUGUUGAAGUGGUAGUGCCUCUGCCACACUGAAAACAGCAAGGCAAGAGGGGACAUAAAGGGGAGUACAGAGGAUAACUUAUCAAUUCAACUACCAAAAGAUAUUUUUUCUUUAUUGUAAUUAAAGGAUAAACAUCUCAAGAAAGUGACCAAAUUCUUUGUAUGUAAGGAUUAUUUGAGUAAAGGGGACAUACUUUUAUAUUUCUGUCACAAUUUAAUAACUUGUAAAAACAUUAAGAGCAGAGGGGUUGUUCCAUCAGUGAAAUAAUGACAUGAUGUUUGGGUGCAUUUAUCAUAUUGUGAGUCUUUAUAAUCAUUGUCUAUUGCACCUAUGCACUUUGUACACUACACCUCUAUCACCAGGACAGAAGGAAACAGACCCACAAAUGCUAAGAAGUGCUACUACUUUAUUUUUUCAUAUUUUAUAUUUACAAAACAACAUCUUUUGUUCUGUGUAUUGUUCAUAUAGGUACUACACUCAUGCAUGUAUAUGCACGUAUACCUCUAAGCACUCUUUUCUACACUCCUAUCUUUAAACUCUACCUUCCGGCUUUCAUGGACUUGUAAGAGUCAACAUGGACGACUGGCUGCCUUUUGUCAAUCUUUGACACUAUCCUCCACUGCCACCUGGUGGUGCUCAGGAUUAUUCUUAGCUGUUUAUUUGAGUGACACUGUCCUAUGAUUUCUUUUGGUUAUCUCUCACCAAAUCCACGCUGGGUGGCUUGUCCUGGUGUCAGUGAGGAUAGGUUUUCAAAUAUAGAAACAUUAAAAAAAAAUCAAUAUCUGGAGUGAAUCACUAGAUAACAACUCACUGCUGUUUGUAGCUGUUCUGUAAUUGCAGUUUUUGCAGACAUUCGCUAUUUUAGCAUUACCAGAAAGUUUUAGAUGUCCGUUUUUAAAAACAUGAUGGAUCCAUAAAUGCACUCCUUAUAUUCUUACAUUCAUCUCACUAAUUGUUAAGAAGCCAUCAGUGAGCUUAUUCCGCUACACCUCAGUUGUUUUUUUAAAGCACUCCACCAUAAUGUUUCUCAGCAGUGAUGCCAAAGAAAAGUUGCCCUUAUUCUGAAAUUGCAUAAAGCUGUUUAUUGUCAUCACAGUAUAUGUGUUUCAUACAUCCUGAUGUGUGAAACUCAGUAAAAUAGUUGAGAUGGUUCUAUGCAAUCAUUAUCUCCUCCCACCUCUAAUAUUGUGCAGCGUUACACCAAAGCAAAACCCAUAUGUCCUUUAGUUUCUCCGUUUUCUCAGGCUCUAUUGAUACUGCUGGCGGUGUCACUCACAAUAUUUCGAGGUCUUUUAUUGAACUGUUUGUCCAUGAAUUUUCUGUCUGUGAUUUGUUUUCACCCUUGGCGCUGGGGUGAAGCUUUGCUUUAGUACUCCAGCCUGUAAUUUGAAGCAUGGAAAUUAAUCUGAAGUGUGUUUGGUGUUUUUGUACCUGCCUCUGUUUUCAGCCUGAAACUGUGUAUCAGACGUGAUGGAAAACACAAUUUCCCACUUAUUGUGUACUCAAUUUACAAAUAAUGAGGAAGGUCUGUACACAAAGGCUGGUUUCAGUUCCAAUUAAGCCUUUUACAAGCAAACUAUGACCUGUCAGGGUUUGUGCUGUUCACUAAAAUGCCAACUUUCUCCUCUCGUCAUGAUCCCCUUGUUAGACCGCCCCCAGCUCCACUCAUCUCUCCCAUCUCCAUUUAGACUGGGAGUGGAACAGACAGGUCUUUUCAGAAUGGAAGGGCACACAGCAGUGGAUUAUGCCCUCCCCCACUAGUCUUUAUUCACCACCUGCCCCUGUACUCCUACCCCCUUUCUCAUUAUCUGCCCCUAUCCCAAGCCCAUGGUGCCUCUGGACCUCAGCCUCCUGGUCUAUACUUGGAAUAAUACCCUCAUUGCUAUCAUAGUAUGUGGCUCUUAAUGUUAUGUUCUGAUGUCUCCUCUGUUAUUCAUGGUAUGUUUAGGGCUGGGGGGGUUCGACUGUGCUGAGUAAUAUAUGUGGUUCAGGUGCAGGUUUACACACCUCAUUACACUAAAUCAAAGGCCCUCAGUUUAUGAGCGACGGAGGGUCAGAUGCUCAGGAUGAGCUGUUUUUAGCUUGCAUAUUAUUGAUGAUGAAUAAUGUGGAACAAAGGGCUAAGAUCAAUUUUUGUGGGCUGCUGCUGUCACAGCUGAAAUAGUUGUCUGAGUGCUGCAGCUGACAUCUUAAACACUAAACCAAGUGCCUGAACUUUGCAAUAUUGAUGAAGUAUUAACAGCCGCAAAGCUUUAUUUUUAUUAUGCACAAUCUUAAUGGAGUUUUCUGUGUAUAAAGAAAAAGGAACUUCUUUGCAUGUGUCUUCAUUACAGCUUUAGUCUGUCUUUCAGUCUUAUGCAAUGCCUUGUUUUUGUAACUGUGACGUUAUGGGGACACUAGAAGUGGGAUUAUCCUGGAUUAUAUUUAGGAUGUAUGGAUUACCUCUGUACUAAAUGUAAUCUUGUGCAUUGUAUGUUUAUUAUUGUGUAUGAAUGUAUGCCAUUCAUUUGUUUAUUCAAAUAAAUGCUAAGUAAUUUGUC